UGCCAUUCAUCCAGCGCGUCUGGGUGAACUCUGCUGAGAUUCCUGUUGCGCCUUCUCAUCAUGAGGACACGCAAUCGUUUCGAUGCAGAGGGUCGCCAGACUGUUCCUUUCGAUGGGGAUAGUGCAGCUUGCUCAACCGCGAACUCUUGGUUCUGUCACCUCGAGCUGCAGUCGCAAUAGUGAUCAGUUGCGCAUGGUAUCUGCCGAGAGGUACAUACAUGGCAAAUGUGGUCAUGGAGCAUCUACACUCGCCCAUCACAUUCUUUUUCUUUUUUUUUUGCUCCUCCCGUCUAGGCUGCCAUUCAUCCAGCGCGUCUGGGUGAACUCUGCUGAGAUUCCUGUUGCGCCUUCUCAUCAUGAGGACACGCAAUCGUUUCGAUGCAGAGGGUCGCCAGACUGUUCCUUUCGAUGGGGAUAGUGCAGCUUGCUCAACCGCGAACUCUUGGUUCUGUCACCUCGAGCUGCAGUCGCAAUAGUGAUCAGUUGCGCAUGGUAUCUGCCGAGAG